AUGGCUACGUCCAGUGACAAGUAUAAUAUUUUUAAAUAAUUAAGACAAUUAUCGCAUUUGAAUGAUGUUUUAAUUAAAAUUUUUUAACUUUUGUACAUAUGUAUUAAAACUGAUAUUAUUCGCAGGAUCGAAGAUUGUGAGGUAUGUGGUAAAAACGAAUCAAAAUACACGUGUCCAAAAUGUGAGGUUAAAACUUGUUGUCUUGAAUGUGUAAAUAUUCACAAAAAAGAAUUGGAAUGUGACGGUAUUCGAGAUAAAACAAAAUUUAUACCAUUAAAAUCGUUUACAGAUUUGGAUAUUUUAAGUGCAUCUGCAUAAACUUAAAAUAGCUGCAUUUAAGAGGAACAUUACUUUACAAUUUAUGCCACAACAUUUUAGUAGACAUAAAAAUAAUACAACAUAUUUAAAUUGGAAAACUAAUGAAUUAUAUUGGAGAAUAGAAUGGAUUUUUCCUCAAGCAAACUACACAAAAUGGGUCACAAAAAGAGUUCUAGAAUGUACAAGAUUAUCAUUGCUUAUAGAAGAAAUUUUAUAUCCUACUAAAUCUAUAAAAAAGAAAAAUGAUAUGGAGGAAUUAAAUCUAAAAAUGUGUCUAAAUGAAAAACUACAAUUUUAUCAGGCAGCAGGUUUAUCUAGAAUAAAAGUUCUUUUAAAAGCAGAGAAAGUUAUAAAGUCAGAUUUAAAGUUUUAUGAAUUGGAUAUUACGCUUUCAUUAAAGGAGAAUUUAGAAAAUAAAACUAUAAUUGAAUUUCCAACAAUAUAUGUAAUAUUAAAUGAUCACACAUGCAUGUAUGAAAUUAUAGAUACUGAUGAUGAAGAUGUAAAUAAUUCAAAAUAUAACAAUACAUCAAAGAAGAAAAAAAAAUACAAACAGACGAAGAAAGAAACAAAUUCAACUGUGAAUUAUUUUUUUAAUUCUGAAUUCUCAGACUCUGAUGAAGAAAAAUCAAGUAAUAAGUCAAAAAGUGAAUGGUUAUCAAAUUGUAAUACACCCAAUAAUGAACUAAUUAAAAUGGAACAAUAA